AUGCAUGAAUUUAUCACUAGAAAGGAAUACUUGAUUGUUUGGAGUAAAGGCAGUUUCUAUAUGGCGCUAAAACGCGAAUUUGUUCAUUUCUUUCAAACUGAUCCAAAAGCAAACGAAAUACUUGAUGCAAUGAAAUCAGAGAAGCAUUUACAGAAGCAUCCAGAUGAGUUAUUUUUCUCAACACUUAAUUACAAUCCCCAACUUGGCGCACUUGGUGCUAGUAACUUGCUUCACAUCAAUGACAGUUCGCAUACAAGAUCAGCAUUUGUAUCACGUUAUGUCACAUGGGGCAUAAAACCAUGUCUCAGUGGAAGAGUUCGUCGUGGUGUGUGCAUAAUAGGUGUAAUGCACCUGCCAUACAUACCAAAACGAAUGGAGUUUUUUGUGAAUAAAUUUCUUGAUGAUUUUCAACCGAUAGCAUACGACUGUACAGAAUAUUAUAUCAUGCGUAAGACUAUUAAAGAAAUGCAAACACAACAAAUUGAUCCAAAUUUUGAUAUCUCCUUCUAUUCUAGACUGUAUAAUUCAAAAGGUCAUAUUUAG